UAAAAUAACGGAUCACUGAAAUUGAUCUGUUAUGAAAUAUUCAUACAUUUACAAAUGCUGGGACCCAGGAUGUAGUUACAAAGUGGUAAAUAAUAUUCCUAAUUGCAGAAGCUCAUCCAGUUAAGACCCCAAAGUUAUUAAGAAUGGCUCAAAACAUCAUCCUAUGCCAAUUCUGUGAAAUUUCUUUCGAAAUUACGUGGAAAUGUUUUAACUGUGACCUUGUCCCAUGUAGCAGAUGUACAAAAAACCAUUCAAAAUUUGGUGGAUCUGAGGACCAUUGUAUUAUUGACUUAAACAAGAUUGGAAGUCCAGAAAAUGUUGAAAUAAUUCGAAAGUUUAAUCUUAGAAACAUACGAUGCACAACUCACAAGGAGGAAAGAUGUCCUCUUUUCUGCAAGGAUUGUAAUAAACCUGUUUGUUCUUUUUGUGUCAUUGAAUCUGAACAUAGAGGUCAUAACAUUGACAAACUUAUCACUGUGUACAACAAUCAACUAUCUGAUCUGAAAGACAUCAAAGAAAGGAUAGAAAAAAAUUACUCUGAUCUCAAAAUAAGUGUAAAGGAAAGUACUUCAACAAGUGACAAUUACAAUGAAAUAAAAGAAAAAAUCAUCCAAAGGGAAAAAGAAAUAAAAGAAAAAGUUUCUGAACAAGCUGCAUUUCUCAUUAAUGAACUUGAUAAACUUAUUGUACCAAGUAAAGAUGCCUUCAUGGAAGAGAAACAGAGGAUUCAAGAAAGGGAAAGUAAGGUAAAAGAUACAAACAAAUUAAUUGAUGAAGCAUUACAAUCCCAUCAAGCAACUUAUGUACUCGAGACUAUUCGCAAAGUGGAUAAACAUUUACAGCUAAACGUGAAUGCAGAUAAUAUACCACUACAUCAAAAAUUCAUGUUUACAGUUCCAGAUUCUCUUAGUAUCAAUUUUGGAUCAGUGAAAGAAUGUCCAAUGUUCAGGAUCAUCAACACAUAUGAAACAAAUGUGCCUUGUAUUGAAAAACUCAAGAGUUUAAAAAAUGGAACUUUAGUCUUUUUUUAUGAAAAAGGUAGGAACGAAUUCAUAGAAUACUGUGAUAUUCAAGGUGACCAAUGUAUAUUCAAAUAUAAAACCUGUAUCGUAUCAUUUAUUGGGAAAGGAAAAGGGAAAGUCCAUAAUAUGACUGUUACUGAAGAUGACAUAAUAUUGGUCACUUCUGAUUGGGGGAGUAACUCUAAUAAAAUACUAUGUAUGAAUGCAUAUGAAAACAAUUUAAAAACUUCGAAUUUUGCAGCAAUUCUACAAACAAAUACAAUCUAAACAAUGGAAUACAUUCAUUUAACCACACAAUUUUAAUUGCAUUUCAAGGGUACCGGUAUAGUUGUGGUUAUUUAAUUGAUAAACUAGCCAAGGGUGUCAUGAUCCUUGAUAAAAAAGGAUAUUGUUAAGAAACACUAUGGAUCACAGAGAAUGAUUCGGAUUGUCAGAAAAUUAGAAGU